AUGGCCAACGGGUAUCCUCGCAACUUCAUCGAACGCGGCAGACAGGCCGGACCGAGCCGACGUUUGGUGACAGAACGACCAACAAUGUGGCGGGCGCUUCCAUACAUCGAUGGCGUUUCUGAGGCGGUCUCCCGCCUCUUAAGACCGCUGGGGAUUGGCAUCGCCCACCGACCGGAGUCAUCAAUUCGACAUCUGGUCAUGAGACCUAACGCCCCUCUGCCACAAGGUGAAACAACGAACGUCAUCUAUCGGACCCAGUGUAACUCCUGUGAAGCCAACUACAUUGGGAAGACGGGCAAACGACUACAGACCCGUGUUGGAAAACACAUGAGGGCAGUAAGGCGAAUGGACCCUUUGUCUCUGGUGGCCGAACACUGCGCCGAUUCCGGACACACGUUCGCUUUUCAACAUGUCAAAAUUCUGGGCCGAGGAAGCGACCGCAUCGCCAGGGAAACAAUGGAGGCUUGGCACACGGGGACAACCUCCAUCAACCGUUGCGUGGCUCUUCCCGCUGCCUAUCAAGCCCUUCGAGCGCAGCUCAGUAAACAAAUGAGCAGACGUGAACCCAGGCUAAACAUGAAUCCAGAUAUGAGCGAGUCCAUGGCGGAUGCACACUCAGUCACCCCUCGACCUGGUUCCGACGAAGGCGCAGUCGUCACCACAGCCGUUCCAUCUACUAGUCCGGCGGACGAGAAAACGGACAGUCAUUGCGGCGUAAACAAGAUUGCCAGCCUUGGACGACAGUUAAAGUCAAUGAAGGUACGGACGACGGACGUCUCAACGCCGGCCCCCAAUGUAGACUGA